ACACGGAAUAUUAGUUCUGCUUCAGUGUCGUAUCGCUCCACGCAUUCGCAUCGCACGUUUCAAACACACUUGAUAUCCAACGCAUUUGUAAAAUGAAGCGUUAUUCCAUUCUCAUCGCUCUUGGUGUAGUUCUUAUGACUUCAUAUCUUCCAAAUGCAUUAUCAGUAGCUGUUGACGGAAAGGAUGCCGCCCUCAGGGCUGUUUCAACAUCACUCAAUGAAUUUGCUGUUAAGUUUUAUAAAGCCAUAUCAGAGGAAAAAAAAUCAGAGAAUCUAAUCUCCUCACCCGUGAGUGUUUCAAUGGUUUUAUCAAUGGCAGCAUUUGGAGCAGGUGGUGAAACAGCAAAAGAAAUGCGUUCAGGACUUCAUCUACCAGCGGACGACGCUGUUACCAAAAGUGGUUUUGAAUCUCUAAUCAAUACCCUCAAUAAUGUCAAGAAAGUCAAGCUCCAAGUAGCCAACAAAAUUUUCACUGCAAGUGGCUUCGAGGUGAAGCCAGCCUUCAAAGAGGUGACCACAAAUUCGUUCAAAUCCGCAGUAGAGAGUCUGAAUUUCGGAGAUGCUGAAGCCGCCAGCGCGACAAUCAACGCCUGGUCUUCAGCCCAAACAAACGGUCUCAUCAAAGACGUGAUCAAACCAGAUGAUCUCGCUCAAGCUGCUAUGGUCUUGGUAAACGCCGUGUACUUCAAAGGACAAUGGAAGAAAAAAUUUAACGAAUCCCUGACAAAACCCAAGCCAUUCUACAUCAACGAGAAAACUACGCAGGAUGUCCCCAUGAUGACCACACGUCAUAGUUACAAUUAUGGAACUCUGCCGGACCUAGACGCCCAGUUCGUAGAGCUGCCUUAUGAACAUGAAGAUGAAAAAGAUGCUAUAAGCAUGUUCAUCAUCCUCCCCAACAGUGUUGAAGGACUGCGGAAAGCCGAGAGCAAUUUCCACCACGUGAACUUCCAAGAGCUUCAUAACCGAGGCCGCACGACUGACAUGUACCUAUACCUUCCCAAAUUUAAAACCCAGAGUUCCCUGAACUUGGAGCAACCUCUUAAAAAGAUCGGACUGGAGCGUAUGUUCUCGGACAACGCAGACUUUACAGGAAUCACAGACAGUCCACCACUGAAAAUAAGUAAAAUACUCCAGAAAGCUAUAAUCGAAGUGAAUGAAGAGGGAAGUGAGGCUGCAGCUGUCACAGUAGGAAUAGCAGUUGCAUACUCCGCACCAGCGCAACCGAUUCGACCAAUAACAGUCGAAAUUGACAGGCCAUUCAUUUAUACGAUUGUUCACGGAUCGACCAAUACUGUUCUCUUCCAAGGACACAUCACAUUCCCCGUGAUGACGUCACCCCAUCCACCUACCCGCAGUUUCCACUUGCCAGCGCUCCGCAUUAUACGCCGCGCCGUUCAGAAGUAUACAACAGAAAUGUCAGAGCCGGCGAAAUACAGCGCACUGUGCCCCAUUACCGCCAGUAUCAAUAAAUUUUCAACCGAGUUUUACAAGUCAUUAGUGGGAGGAGAAAGCGGAAAUGUAGUCUGCUCGCCGGUUAGUGUUUCAAUGACCUUGUACAUGGUAGCAUUUGGAGCUCGUGGCAAUACCGAAAAUGAGUUAAAGUCGGUUCUCCACCUGCCGGCUGAUAAUUCCGUUGCUACAAGUGGUAUUAAACUGCUAGUGGAUCGACUGAGUAACUUCCAAAAAGUGAAGCUGAAUCUGGCAAACAAGAUAUUCACAGCAAACGGUUUUGAAGUUAAAUCAGAAUUCAAAGCCAUAACUCAGUCCUCAUUUCGAUCCGAGGUGGAGAGUGUUGACUUUACAAAAUUCGACGAGAGCAGCAGAAUUAUCAAUAUUUGGUGUGAGAAACAGACUGAAGGACGCAUCAAAGAUGUUGUUCAACCAAGUGAUAUACAGGACGCUUCCCUAAUUUUAGUGAAUGCCAUUCACUUCAAAGGAAAAUGGGUUGAGCCAUUCCAAACAGCGGAUACUAGACUCCAAUCAUUUUCCAUCAGUGAGACUGUCUCGAAGGAAGUGCCAAUGAUGUUCACAGAUGCGAAUUUUAAUUACGGAGAUCUUCCUGAUCUUGAUGCUCAGUAUAUUGAACUCCCAUACGAGAGCAAGGAUGAGAGCGACGCCACUAGCAUGUACAUAAUUCUUCCUGGAGAAGUCAGUGGACUGAAAAAAGUGGAAGAAAACCUGGAGAAAGUGGAUUUUGCCCAACUUAACGGACCAAAAGAUAGGGUUAUGUUGAGCCUUCCAAAGUUCAAGGUUGAAAGCAAACUUGAGCUUGAAGGAGCCCUCAGCAAGAUGGGAGUGAAGACAGCAUUCACAGAUGCUGCCAAUUUCACGGGAAUAACCGAUGCGCCACCAUUGAAAGUCAGUAAAGUCAUUCAAAAAGCGUUCAUAGAAGUGAAUGAAGCGGGCACAGAAGCUGGUGCAGUCACAUAUAUGAAAAUGGUUCUUAUGUGUCUCCCACCGAGCAUUGUGGUAGACAGACCUUUCUUGUGUGCACUAGUCGCAAAAAGCAUUGGCACACCCAUCUUCAUUGCUAAAGUAGUCGACCCAACGUUAACUUCUCUUUCCAACUGGUCAUCGAUCGUGGUCGUCCCUCUUCAGCAAAAUUCUACCAACGCAUUCACGAUGUCAACCCCGGCAACUGCAGAUGCUGUGCGCACUGUCGCCACCAACACCAGAAAAUUCUCCUCAGAAAUUUAUAAGGUGGUGGCAGAUCAUCAUAAGAAAAAAAACCUCAUUUGUUCACCUUUGAGUGUCUCCGUAGUGCUGUCAAUGUUGACUUAUGGAGCUCGCGAGAUAACAGAACGCGAAUUAAAGUCAGUCUUGCAUUUUUCUGAGAACGACACUAUAAAUAAAAGUGGAUAUCAAUUACUCAUUGAUGCACUCAACGCGAUCAAAUCAGUUCAACUUAAACUGGCGAAUCGAAUAUUCGUGGGUGAUGAUUUCAAGAUCAAACCCGAAUUUCAACAAAUAACUGAGACGUAUUUUCGAUCUGUGAGUCAGAAUGUCAACUUUAAGAACACUGUAGAAGCCAGCAAGACGAUCAACAAUUGGUGUAAAGAAAAAACUAAUGAUCGCAUCAAAGACGUCGUUCAACCAGGGGGACUGAAUGGAGUCGAGCUCGUCCUCGUCAACGCUGUUUACUUCAAAGGAAAUUGGAAGAAGAAAUUUGAUGCUACGCACACGAAGCCAAGAACCUUUCACAUUGACGAAAAGUCAACCAAGGAAGUGCCGAUGAUGCAAAUAGAAGGAAGUUAUAGACUGAGUGAACUGGCAGAACUCAACGCGAAAUGCAUCGAGCUCCCUUAUGAGAGCAGCGAUGAAACCGACGCCAUGAGCAUGUUUAUUAUUCUUCCCGACAAAAUCGACGGUCUGAGAGCAAUUGAAAAUAAACUUGAUACCACGGACUUGGUAGAGCUGCACAAGAAUGAAUCAUUCUCACGCAAAAUUGACUUGCAGUUACCCAAAUUCAAAAUUGAAAGUACUCUUAACUUGAAUCCUAUUCUUCAAAAAAUGGGAAUGGUAGACAUGUUUGACGCCAGUGCAAACUUCCAAGGAAUGGCGGAUUCUCCCAUAUCUGUUAGUCAAGUAAUUCAAAAGGCAUUCAUAGAAGUCAAUGAGGAAGGCAGCGAAGCUGCGGCUGUUACAGCUGUUAUGAUGGUACGAUGCUUUCUCUUUCUACUCGCCUUCUUGGCUCUUCAUGGAUAUGCCAGAGGAUUCAUAUUUCCUAACCAACGAGACAAUAUAAUACGAAAUCUGGCGAAUCGUCAGAAUGUAAAUGGAGAGAACAAAUUCGUGAAUCGUCAACAAGUAGAAGAUGGGAUGAACAAGUUUGCAUUGAAUUUAUACAAGAUGGCCCUGAAGAGAGAAACAGGAAAUUUAGUCAUCUGUCCGUACAGCGCCUACAUGGUACUCGCCAUGGCAGCAUAUGGCGCCGAAGGCAGAACAAAAGAGGAAUUAUGGAAGGUUUUGCACCUACCGAGAGAACCCUCCAUGUACACCGAAGCAAAUCUUGCAGAUAUACUUGACGCCUUUACGUUCUCAAAGCCAAAAUUGCCUUUGUACAUCACCGCAAACAUGAUCGUCGUAAACAAAGAUUUAUCAGUGAGGCCUGAAUAUCUAGAACUUCUUCAAAACACAUUCAAAACUCCGUUGGUAACCGUGGAUUUCAGCAACAGGGUACAAGCUGCAGAGAUUAUCAAUGCCAUGAGCAACAAGCUCACCCAAAAAUUCGUCCCAAAAGUUGUCGACGCAAAUGCAUUAGCUGCUGAACCGUCACUUAUGCUUGUCAAUUCCGUAUUCUUCUACGGAGAAUGGGCGAAACCAUUUUCCAAGACAGAUACAUAUCCCCUAGACUUCUACGUGAGUCCGGGCAUCGGCAAAAAAGUAUCGACGAUGAUUUACGAUGGAAUAUUGCCAUUCGGAAAGCUUCCCAAACUGAAUGCUCAGUUUGUCGCCCUUCCGUACAAGAACACCGGUAAACCAGAGGAUGUAGCCUACAUGUACGUUAUUCUACCAAACGAAGAGAAAGGUCUAGCACGAAUGGAAGAGAAAAUUGAUUCUCUUACUCUUGAAGAUUUCAAGAGUACGACGGUUGACGAUCUUACGUUGUUCCUCCCCAAAUUCAAAAUUGAGAGAAAUUUGCAGUUGGGUGAUCAUCUGGUCAAUUUGGGUGCUCGAAGUGCUUUCUCAUCGGCCGCAAAUUUCAAUGGAAUCACCAAGCAAUGGAACAACCUGUACAUCUCAGAUUUAGCACAGAAAACCUUCCUCUCGGUUGAUGAAAAAGGAACUUCAGGAGGUGCCACGACAAUUGGGGAACUCGAAAACAAGAUAAUGCCAAAGCAGUUGCGAUUUAAUCGACCUUUCCUAGCAGUUAUUGCAACCAAAAAACUCAUCUUAUUUGUUGGCAAAGUGGUGGAUCCAUCGAUUUGAGGUGCAGUGUCCAAACUCUCCACUCAAAUUUCAUGAAUUUAUGUA